CACUCGGCAAAUUCCCAUCUCGCCCACCAUAACCAAAAAUGUACCGGCUCUCUCCCAAGGCGACCACUCAGAUCGAGAUCCGAAACCAUUUCGCCCUCUUUCUGUUCGGACUAUUUCCACGAGUGGGCGGCGGGCCUGGGCAAGGUGCCAUUAAGUUUCCCCAUUUCUGUAACCUUACACCAUUGCCAAGAAAGCGAGUUGCUGAAGAUGACCGUAUGACAGGCUGUUUUUGCUCUUUUUGCUCUAUUUUGCUGGAAGGAUUCAUAAACACUGAUGGAUUAGAUCAUCUUAUCUGAUUAUACCCCACCUUUCUAUUCGCGCAGAUCGGCGUGGUCAUCCCAAUCACGGCAUGGUAAGUUGCGUCCGGCGGGGGUGGGAUCAAUAACUUACACAAAGUGAAACCCGCGAAUGUGACCACAUGCGCGGGAACGCUGUGGGAUGAACUUGUU